AUGGCGCGGCGGGAAGAUGGCGGCGCCCCCGCUAACGGCGGCGGGGCGGCCGCUGACCGCGGGGCCGGGAGGGGGGCACCGCUCGGCCCCCAGGCUCCCGGCACGGCGGUGCUGAGCCCCCCGCCCGGCCUCCACCGCUCCCUGCACGGCAGCGGCGGCUCUCCAGGUAGCGGUGGGGGGCAGCGGGGCAAAUAUCAGCAGGUAAAUGUUCCUGAAGACCAAGCAGACAAGUUACUUCUUGCAAGCUGGGGUCUUCCGAAAGCAGUUCUGGAGAAAUAUCACAGUCUGGGAGUAGUGCAGAUGUUUGAAUGGCAAGCAGAAUGCCUAAUGCUCGGACAAGUUCUGGAAGGAAAGAACCUAGUUUACUCAGCUCCUACCAGUGCCGGAAAGACUCUUGUUGCAGAAUUGCUCAUUCUGAAGCGUGUCUUGGAGACCCGUAAGAAAGCUCUUUUCAUCCUUCCCUUUGUCUCUGUGGCCAAGGAGAAGAAAUGUUAUCUGCAGGCCCUGUUUCAGGAGGUGGAUGUGAAAGUUGAAGGCUACAUGGGAAGCAUCUCUCCAGCUGGACGUUUCUCUUCUCUGGAUGUUGCUGUCUGCACCAUUGAGAAAGCCAAUGGCCUCAUCAAUAGACUAAUAGAAGAAAACCAAAUGGACUCACUGGGAGUGGUGGUUGUGGAUGAGUUGCAUAUGCUGGGAGACUCUCAUCGAGGAUAUCUGUUGGAACUCCUUCUGACCAAAGUUCGAUACGUUACAGAGAAGGCUGCAAAACGGCAGACAAAGACAACCAGCCCUGGUUUUGGAGGGGUACAGAUAGUAGGCAUGAGUGCUACCCUCCCUAACUUGGGAGUCCUAGCCUCAUGGUUAGAUGCAGAGUUGUACUGUACAGAUUUUCGCCCUGUGCCCCUCAUGGAGUGGGUGAAAAUUGGCAACAACAUUUAUGACUCUUCCAUGAAUCUGGUGCGAGAAUUCCAGCCCAAACUUCAACUGAAGGGAGAUGAAGACCACAUUGUGAGCCUGUGUUAUGAGACUGUUUGUGAUGGCCAUUCAGUUCUGCUUUUCUGUCCAUCCAAGAAUUGGUGUGAGAAGCUGGCAGACAUCAUUGCCAGGGAAUUCUACAGUUUGCGACAAGCUGAGAGUUGUGCAAGAAACUCAUCCCUUUCCCCAGUUAUUGUGGACAGAGAAGGAAUAGAUGAGGUCCUGGAUCAGCUAAAGCGCUCUCUGUCAGGGCUGGAUUCUGUGCUCCAACGUACUUUGCCAUGGGGAGUGGCAUUUCAUCAUGCAGGUCUCACUUUUGAUGAACGGGACAUAAUUGAAGGAGCCUUUCGCCAGGGCUUGAUUAGAGUUCUAGCAGCAACAUCCACUCUCUCUUCUGGAGUGAAUUUGCCUGCACGCCGAGUAAUUAUACGAACUCCCAUGUUUGGUGGCAAACUGCUGGACAUCCUCACUUACAAGCAGAUGGCUGGAAGGGCUGGCAGGAAAGGAGUAGACACAGAGGGUGAGAGCAUUUUAGUUUGCAAGCCCUCAGAAAGAUCAAAAGGAAUUGCUCUACUUCAGGGAUCUCUCAAGCCUGUUUGCAGUUGUUUGCUUAGAAGAGAAGGAGAAGGUGUUACUUCAAGCAUGAAGCGAGCAAUACUUGAGAUCAUAGUGGGAGGAGUGGCCAACACCCCAAGUGAUGUGCAGACCUAUGCGUCUUGCACUCUUCUUGCAUCCAGCUUGAGCAGUAGCAAGUGGAGAAAUGAGAAACAGCAAGACAAAGCACAGACUGGACCUAUUGAGGCUUGUGUAGCAUGGCUGCUGGAGAACGAAUUCAUUCAGGUUCUGGACUCUGGCAAUGAUGAGAAAGCAAACGUUUAUCAUCCCACACAUCUUGGCUCAGCUACUCUUUCCUCUUCUCUUUCACCAACUGAAGCCAUGGAAAUUUUUGCUGACCUGCAGCGAGCUAUGAAAAGCUUUGUUCUGGAGAACGACCUGCAUAUCGUCUAUUUGGUUACCCCAGUGUAUGAGGAGUGGACCACAAUUGAUUGGUACCAGUUUUUCUGCUUAUGGGAGAAGCUGCCUGCUUCAAUGAAACGUGUGGCUGAGCUGGUGGGGAUUGAAGAAGGCUUUCUGGCCCGCUCUGUAAAAGGCAAAAUCAUAGCUAAGACAGAGAAACAGCACAGACAAAUGUCAAUCCACAAAAGAUUUUUCACUAGUCUUGCCCUUCUGGAUUUAAUCAGUGAGGUUCCUUUAAAAGAUAUGACCAAGAAAUAUGGUUGCAGUCGUGGCCAGCUUCAGUCCUUGCAGCAGUCUGCUGCCACCUAUGCAGGAAUGGUAACAAUUUUCUGUAAUCGACUGGGCUGGCACAACAUGGAGCUGUUGCUCUCUCAGUUCCAGAGCCGCCUCACUUUUGGGGUUCACAGGGAGCUUUGUGACCUGGUACGAGUCUCUCUGCUGAAUGCACAGCGUGCUAGGGUGCUGUACAACGCUGGCUUUGUCACAGUGGCUGAUCUUGCUAAAGCCAGUCCUGGUGAUGUGGCAACUGCUUUGAAGAAUUCAGUACCAUUCAAAAGUGGUCGUAGGGCUGUGGAUGAAGAUGAAGAAUCAGCAGAGGAGCGUCGGACUGUGCGCAGCAUCUGGAUGGCUGGAAUGAGGGGUUUAACUGAAAGUGAAGCAGCUUUCCUCAUUGUGGAGGAAGCCAGGGGACUUCUCCAGCAGGAUUUGGCACUGAUGGGAGUGCAGUGGAACCCAGAGUCUUUUCUUGAGUCUGAUUCAUUGUCUAUGAUUAGCAGUGAGUCAGAGCUGGAAGACAGACCACGUAGAUCAAAUGGAGAGCGGUCUUCUGAAUCUUCUAGGGUGUUAAACAAAAAAGUGUGCAGAGAUCAACAUCAUAAUAGCCUUGGUUCUCAGGUUGGAAAUGUAUCAAAUAUUAAAAAGGGAUGCAAGAGGCGACUAAGCGGUAGUACAGCAAACUCCAGAUUUGAGAACCAAGUCCCAUGUAAGAAACAAGCUCAAGCAGAGGAAAGGAAUGAUGACACUGUUCACAGUGCUAGAAAACGUCCCAAUAUGAGGAGAGAUAAUGAAGAUGGGGGAGGAAUUUCUCAGGUCAAAAAUGAGGUAGAUUCCAGGAGAGCAAUUCCAGAACUCCCUACUGAGCAAAGAAGGACACCAACAUUGAGAAAAAUAUCUUCAGCCUCUAGAUUGAUAAGAAGUAUGGACACACAUUUAAACCGGACUAGGAACAAAAAUACUGUUUCAAAACUGCAGAGCUCACUACUUGAAGAUUCAAGUAUGCUUGACAUAGAUAAAGAAAAGCCUUUUACCUUCCACCCUGGUAUUUCUAAAGAUAAUUUUUUUUCAGACCAAAAUAAUAAGGAAUUUUUAGAAAAAAGGUCUGUAGCUCAUAAAGUCUCAAAUUCUGUACAGAUGGGGAAAAUUAAUGGUGGGAGGAAAGAUAAAAUGGAGGAGUUGUUUACAGAGCAUUCCACCUCUAAUGAAGGUGUGCCUAAGGGAAGAGCAUGUUUUCAGGCAACUGUUAUAUUACAGGAUACUCCACAUGUCAACACGGAGAUGCAUGAUACUGUAGAAAGUCCAGUAAUACCUGCUACUGCUAGAAUACAGAGAAACAAAUAUAUUGAUGAUAGGCAGAAUAAAGUCAAUAAAAUACAAACAGACGUGAGCUGUGCUGAGGCAACGACUGCUAAGCAGCACUCUGCUUUAGACACAGAUCAUUGUAAUGUGUGUGCUAGCUGCUCUGGAAAUGGAUGUGUCCAUAAUGGCAGCAGGAAACAGAAGCCUGCACAUUUUUGUCCUGGUGAUGAUAAAUCCUGCCAUAUUCAGAUCCAGAGUGGUGACAAAAAUGGAAGUGAAAAACCCAAUGGAAUAUUGUUACAAGCUGGAGUACUACAGAAAGGCAACAGUCAUUCUAAGGAUUUUCUGAAAGACUCUUUAGUAAAUUCCAGAGCUGUUUGUGAUGCAGAUGGUGUUCAAAAUGGUUCGUCCUCUGCUCCUUUUUGUGACUGUAGAGACUUUGAAGACAGCUUACAGUUGGAUACUCAGACUGAGAGCAUAAUAAAACAGGAGGCAGCAGCUGGAAUCACAGGACAGCAGGGAAUAAAGGGUUCAGAGUUGGCAGCAGUACCACAGCAGGAAACCUCCAGGAAACUAAGGACUUUGCAGACUGAAAAUGCUACUGGUGAAAGGCUAGCUGCAACAGUAAGGAAACUGGGCUUAUCAAGUCUUAUCACAACAAAUAAUAUUAUAAAAAGCACAGAUCAGCACUGCAGUAACAAAGUUUUGGAGUCGGGAGACUUAAAUGCGCAGCCUAUAGGAAAAGAAACAGAAUUUGCACCUUUCCUUAAACAAAGUGAUUUCUCAGUGACUGACUCCCAGCUACACAGUUUCCUACAAGAUUACCAGACCCAAAAUUCAGUGAAAGAGGAAAGUGCUUCUAAAGGUCCUAAUAAAGCAACCUCCCCUCUUGGUAGGGAGCAAGAACAAGUAGAAUGCCAUCCUGUCACUGAAACGAGCCUGAAUAUGAGUGAUAGUUUGCUGUUUGAUGAUAGCUUCAGUAAUGUCAGCGAUCUUUCAGCUAUGCAAGCUGUGGAAGCUGACAGAAAGGAACCUGAGGGAAGGCAGGGAGCUUUGCUUCCUGCAGAUGGUCUUUUGCAGAAUGUAAGGCCUGUUCAGAAUAAAUCUGAUGUCAGUGACAACCAGAAAGAGCAUGAGGAUCCAGCACAAUGUAAUGAUGCCUCUCUAGCCUUCUCUGAUCUCAUUGCUGAAGUGUUGGAUCAUGAAAACUCCCCAUCUUUUCUGGGAGAUAUUCCUUCUUCAUUUCACGGUCAGUCCCGAUUAAGAAACCCAGUGAUUUGUAACAAUGACCCCAAUCCAAAGAUUUUAGUAGUGGAUCAAGGUGAAAAGCUCCAGAGCAGCCAGCAAACUUUGGAAGAGAAAACCCAUCCAGUGGCAUGUACUGACCGCUCAUUUGAACUGAGCCCAGGACUGCAGGAUGUAUUAGACAAAUGGCCUAGCCCUUCAGGCAUUGAACAAGUUUCAGUAAAUCUGCAAAGCUUCUGUUUGAAAGGGAAAUUGGUUGAUUCUAUUGCUAAUCAAGAGCCAGAUGCAGUUUUAGAAUUUGAUCAUCGUCAGGCAGAGCUUUUGCCCAAUUGCCAGGAUUUAAAAGACCAUUACAGAAUUAAAGAAAACAAAACAGAAGACUUGGAUGUUCAGAAAUCAGACUGUGUAACACUUAAGCUCAAGGGAAGCAACAGAACAUCCUAUCCUCCACCAGAUAACAGUAAUGGGUUUAUUCCUCCAACACCCCCCAAAGAACUUUUUCCCCAAAGUUCUGUAUCUCUCUCUGUGAAAUCUACAAGGAAGAGACAAGUUGCCUGCGUGAAGGAAGGGCAACUGAUUGAGCCACAGCAGAACAGCAAAGGUGAUGCAGAGCAGCAGGAAAAAACACUCCAGUUCAAUUUGGAGAGUGUAGACCCAAUUGAGACUGAUGGGAUAAAAGAUGAUUCCACUAUAGACCAAGGCUUUUCACUGCAACUGUCUCAGGAUGUUUUUCCACUCAUUCCCUUAAGUGCUGAAAGUUUCACUAUUAUUGAUGUAGCAAGUGACAAAGUACUUUUCCAGACUUUUCUUGCAGAAUGGAAGGAGAAAAGCAGAUUCUCCAUCUCAGUGGCAUGUGAAAGAACAGAACGUCUGUUGUCGCCCAAAUCAACGAUUGGUGGCAGAUUCAAACAAGGUUAUUCUCCCCAGAGGACGCAAGUUAAAGACGAUGGAUUUCCUGUCCAAGGCUGUGAAGACAUCUUGGUAGUUGGACUGGCAGUGUGUUGGGGUGGAAAAGAUGCCUACUAUAUCUCUUUACAGCAGAUGCAAGACCAGAAUGAAAUCAGUCUGAGUUUGGCACCACCGCCUUUGGACAAAAACCUAUCUGUAACAGAGAGAUUGCAGCAUCUGCAGCUCUACCUGCAGAAGAAGCAGGAGCGCUCACUUGUCGUGUAUAACUUCAUUCAGCACUACAAGACCCUGGUGAUGGCUUGUGGUAUCUCCUUGGAAGGAAGUUUUGAGGACCCAAAGGUUGCAUGUUGGCUGCUUGAUUCUGGCUCUAAGGAACGUACACUUCACAGCAUGGUGACUACAUUUCUACCCAAUGAGCUACCUCUACUGGAAGGGGUAGGCACUGGCCAGGGAGUGCAAAGCCUGGGGCUUAGUGCCAGUAGAGAUCAUUCAGGGCGGUACAGAGCAGCAAUAGAAUCUGUGCUCAUCUUCAAUGUCAUGAACCAGCUCCAUGAUGAAUUACAGAAGCAAAAUCUGACAGAAGUGUUUUCUAAAGUGGAGAUGCCCAGCCAUUAUUGUUUGGCUCUGCUGGAGCUAAAUGGCAUUGGCUUUAGCAAUGCAGCAUAUGAAACCCAGAAACAGGUCAUGCAAGCUAAACUAACUGAGAUUGAGACCAAGGCAUAUCAGCUGGCAGGCCACAGUUUCUCCUUGACCAGCCCUGAUGACAUUGCAGAGGUUUUGUUCCUGGAGCUGAAACUGCCACAAAAUGGAGAUGUGACAGUUCAAAGAAACAAGAAAACUCUGGGUUACACCAGAAGAACAACUGCUAAAGGAAACAUGGUUAGGUUGAGCAAGCAGUUCAGUACAACCAAGGAUGUUUUGGAGAAAUUAAAGACACUUCACCCAUUGCCAGGGCUCAUACUAGAAUGGAGGAGGAUCAACAAUGCCAUUACUAAAGUGGUGUUUCCGCUACAGAGGGAAAAACGAUUGAAUUCUGUAUUGGGAAUGGAAAGGAUAUAUCCAGUGUCACAGACUCACACAGCUACAGGUCGAGUAACUUUCACGGAGCCAAAUAUCCAGAAUGUGCCAAGAGAUUUUGCGAUUGAAAUGCCCACUGUGGUUGAAGAAAGCCCACCCUUUCGAGCUGUUUAUUCUCGUGCUGUUUGUGGCAGUAGAGGUAGAAGGCAUUCCAGUAUUUUGCCUAAUGGUGUAAAUAUUCAGGAUGAAGACAGAUCUGAAGGAAGAGGAAUCCCAUUUUCUGUUAGCAUGCGGCAUGCUUUUGUUCCCUUCCCAGGUGGCUUAAUCUUGUCUGCUGAUUACUCUCAGCUUGAACUGAGGAUCCUUGCUCAUUUGUCUCAUGACUGUCGACUCAUUGAAGCCUUGAACAGGGGUUCUGAUGUCUUUAAGAGCAUUGCAGCAGAAUGGAAGAUGAUUGAUCCUGAAGCUGUUGGAGACAGCACCAGACAACAAGCUAAACAGAUUUGCUAUGGAAUCAUCUAUGGAAUAGGAGCGAAAUCUUUAGGCGAGCAGAUGGGGAUUGAUGAAAAUGACGCUGCCAAUUACAUUGAAUCCUUCAAAUCGAGAUACACAGGGAUUCAGAAAUUCUUGAGGGAGACAAUAAGGAGCUGCAGAAGAGACGGGUUUGUGCAGACGAUCCUGGGAAGACGGAGAUACCUGCCAGCUAUUGGAGAUCCAAAUCCCUACAGCAAAGCUCACGCAGAGCGUCAGGCUGUAAAUACAACUGUUCAGGGAUCUGCUGCUGACAUUGUCAAAACAGCCACUGUGAACAUUCAGAGACGCCUGGAAGCUUUCUCUUCUGUGAUCAAGUCCCAUGGGCACCUGGAGAGCUCAUUCCAAAAAGAUAAAACAGGAAGGCUAUCCAGAAAGAGAAACAGAGGGAUGUUACAUCCCAUCAGUGGAGGUUUCUUUAUCCUCCAACUCCAUGACGAGCUCCUCUACGAAGUUGCAGAGGAUGAUGUGAUCCAGGUAGCUCAGAUUGUCAAGCAUGAGAUGGAAAAUGCUGUCAAACUCUCGGUAAAACUGAAUGUUAAAGUGAAAAUUGGACCUAGCUGGGGAGACCUGCAGGACCUGGAGCUAUAGACAUGAAACAGCUUUCUUGUAUGUGGAAGACACCAUGGACUGGUCAAGGCAAGGACCAGCACACUCGCAGGCAGUGACGGACCUGCUCACGGUGCAGUUCUCCUGCUUGGGU